CGCCGUUCUUCCCCACUCGCGGCGGGCUGUCUCGUUACGCAUGCCCGGGCGGCGGCGGGACUUUCCACGGAUUUUACCGCCGGAAGUUCGGCGGCCAUUACCAAAGAGUGCGAGUUCGGCUGGCUUGCUAGAGAGGCUUGUUUCCGCCCCGCUCCCGGGUGGUGGGCGGCCAUUUUAGGUGCGUGCAAUUAAGGGCUGUGGCUGGAUUGGUUCUGUGUCUGGGUUCGUCUGCUGCUUCCCACCUACCAGGGCUGGAUCCGGAGCCCUUCCCCGCGGGGCGGGACUUCGCAACGGCCGACUCCUUUCCAGGUGGAAGGGUAACCCCGCUGAAGAAACCCCUAAGUUCUGGAAAUAGCGACUCAGUAUCAUGGCCGGCAGCCCUAAUGAAGAUUCAGAAGGAAGCAGAAUCACUUACGUGAAAGGAGACCUUUUUGCAUGCCCCAAAACAGACUCUUUAGCCCACUGUAUCAGUGAGGAUUGUCGAAUGGGUGCUGGGAUAGCUGUCCUCUUCAAGAAGAAAUUUGGAGGGGUGCAGGAGCUGUUAAAUCAACAAAAGAAAUCUGGAGAAGUGGCUGUUCUGAAGAGAGAUGGGCGAUACAUAUAUUACUUGAUUACAAAGAAAAGGGCUUCACAUAAGCCAACUUAUGAAAACUUACAGAAGAGUUUAGAGGCCAUGAAGUCCCACUGUCUGAAGAAUGGAGUCACCGACCUCUCUAUGCCCAGGAUUGGAUGUGGUCUUGAUCGUCUGCAAUGGGAAAACGUAUCUGCAAUGAUUGAGGAGGUGUUUGAAGCAACAGACAUCAGAAUUACUGUGUACACACUCUGAACAGACAGGCGCUUUGGAUGUGUCCACAUUCUCCUGUUUUAACCCCUACUGGACCAUAGCACUGGGUGAACUGGCCUAUUUAAGUCCUCGGUCAGGGGAAGUUUCAUGUGAAGUAGUCUGUGUCACAGGCCAGACUUGGGUUGCUGUAUUCUCAUGAUUGGACUGGAACUGUGGAGGAGGGAUUGCUUGGGAAAUGUUGCUGUGAUGUUUUUUGCAAGAAGGUAAGGAGUAGAUGGCCUGAUAGGAGGCAAGGAAACCGGAUGUUGGGCCUCUGACCCCUGUUUUCUCCGGGAUGCUUCCUGACUUGUUUGGCUUGCCACUGGGUGGCAGCAUUGAUUAUACUUCUCUGCUGUUUAAGAGAAAUUUCAGGAAGGAUGAACAUUUCAGUUAAUUUUCCAUCUUUUGUCAUUUGUGAGUUUGCUUAGUAUUAAUCUAAUGUCACGUUCAUCCUAGGAGAGAGUGAUGGGUUUUGUUUUGUUUAAAUUACAAAGAUGAGUGUUAUGUUGUUAACAAGAUAUUUGUGGUGACAGAAAUGGAAGAAUAAAUAUCUUUUCUUUUGGG